GUGUACAUGCGCUCCCUGCCGUCGCUGCUGGGCAGGCGGGCCAUGGAGCUGUGGGUCGAGAUACGGAGCGGGGACGUCGGGCAGUGGGCGGAGUCCGAGGCCCCCGUGCCCGCGGGCCCCCAGUGCCUGCUCGUCGCCGGCCGCCGCGCGGAGGCCGCCGCGGCCUGCGGGGCCGAGGCGGCCCCGCCCCCCGCGCGGGCCUCGCGCGCGGACCUCGCCGAGUACCUCUACCGCUCGGCCGCCCUCGGCGGCGAGGCCUUCAACUGGGGCGAGCAUCUCUUCGGCACCCUGCAGUUCGCCUUCGCUUACGGCAGCUUCGGGUGGUGCCGCCGCCCGAUCGGCCAGCGCCUAGAGAGGUUCCUCGGAGUGCCAGACGGCUUCGAGCGCGAUUCCGAGUUCUACUCCCAGACGGCCGCGGACAAUGGCGGCCAGGGGGGUGCCGACGCCGGGCGCACCAGCGCAACAACGGGCUCGAUCCCAGUGGCGUUCUUCUACGGGAAAAACGACUGGAUGCCGUUUCGUGCGGCCAGGCU